UCUCGGCCUAUCUACAGCUUUCGUCUUUCGUCUUUCAGCACCAGCAUCAUGGAAAGAAGAGCCGCGUGACCAACACGUGCACUACCGUGGCCUAUUGCCCUUUGAUUGUGUGCCGCGCCCAGAAGCAGGAGAAGAAGACGAAGAAUAUUCCACCCAGACGCCAUUGUUUCAAUAUUUCCUGUUUCUUUGCCUACAGUACGCAGAGCCAUAGGAGUGAACCAGUGUCAUGUCGGACGGCGGCGACGAAAGCGAGGAGUUGGUGUUCGUGGCUCUGCCCGAGAAAGAGUACUUUGUUGUCGAUCGCACUUUCUUGUUCAUAUGCAUCUGCAUCGCCGUCAGCUACAAUACCUUCGUGGCCUUCCCUCUUCUGCUGCUCAAGCACGGUGGAGUGUGCUUCCUGGUUCCUUACACAAUACUGUUGGCUGUAAUCGGCGUACCCAUGGCUGCCCUUGAGUGCAUUUUGGGACAAUUCCUCGGCAAAGGAGCUCUCGAGAUGUGGACCUGCGUACCAGUAGGCAAGGGAGUUGGCAUGGCGAUGUUGCUGAAGAACUUCGUGAUAUCGACGUACAGGGUUAUGAAGGACAGCUACACCUUCUACUACUUCCUGCAGGCCUUCCAGACGGAACUUCCUUGGGCUAGCUGUUACACUUGGUGGGGAGCGAACGUACUCAACUGCGUCCUAAGGAACAAGACCAAGAGCAAGCAUUGCUACUCCGAAUAUGUACGGCUCUACAUUGCAAACGUCGACAAAGGGCUUGGCGGGUCGAGGAAUUCUACAACGGUUGAUGUGUGCGGCAAAAAGAUUAGGAUACCGUAUGCCAUUUACCUGAAUGGCACAUCGGAGGCCUGCCAGGACCAGCGACCCAUCAGCGAGAUGUCCUUCUACAUAAACGGAGUUCUGAAAGUGUCCAAUGGUGUCGAUGACUUCGGAGGCAUCCGCUGGGAGCUCAUGGUCUGUUACAUCUUCUCCUGGUUCUUCGUCUUCGUCUGCACGUCCAAAGGAGUCGCCACAUUCGGAAAGAUGGCGCCUUUGAUGGCCAUAAUUCCCUUCAUCACCCUCAUCGCCCUCGCUGUGAAGAUGAUGCUUCUGCCGAAUGGUCGUAGCGCCUUCUUCGCUGCUAUGGCUCCAGGCUGGAGUCACAUCGUUAGCCUCAGUGCCUGGUCAGAUGCCGCCUAUUACAUCACCAGUGCGCUGGAAAUCGGAAGUGGCAAACUACACGCAUUUUCAUCUUACAACAACUUCGAAUCCACAGGGCUCUACUGGGCGUUUAUCGUUUUGCCGCUCUUCGUAACCGUGGCCAGUAUUAUCGGUAGCAUCAUCACGCUCAGCGGUAGCGGGAGUCUCGCAGAGUCUAUGGGAAUGUGCGUCAGCGACCUGGGUGUAUCCUCGUACGUGUUUCCCUUCGUCACCUUUCCUGAGUUAACACGGAACAUGUCAUCGCCAUCUUUAUGGACGGGGCUCUUUUAUUUCACAUUCUACAUGAUUUCCAUCGAUGAAAUGAUGAGCAACGUGGCCAUGGUGAUGACGAGUGCCGAGGAUCUUUUUCCCAACCUGCGCCUGCACCUCAACCGGACUGCGUUUUUCAUCUGCAUGGCUAUGUUCAUCUCUGGAAUUCCCACAGCAACCCAGGCCGGACCAUACAUAAUAUCUCUCCUCGAGGACAAUGCAGUGGGAGGAAUAAUGUCCCAAUUUAUACCCAUGCUUGAAGUAGCUAUCUUUAUGUGGCUUUACGGAAUUAGCAGAUGGUCUUUCGACAUCGAAUUCAUGUUAAAGAGGCCGCCCAAUCUUUACUUCAAGACCUGCUGGACGGUAUUCUGUCCAAUACUCUUGGCCGUAUUCUAUUUCUACCGUCUGUCGCACUUCCAAUCACCCCGCUAUAUGCGCUACCUGUUUCCAGCUGAAUACGAAGCGUUGGCUUGGAUAAUCGGAAGCACUGCGCUACUGCAAGUGCCAAUUGGAGCCACCGCAUGCAUCUUAGAUAACAUCGGGUAUCCUGGGCGUGCCUUUCAACCGGAGUAUCACUGGGAACCAAAUGUUCCCGGCCAGGACUACUUUGAGGAGUUAGAAGAACAGGGCGUCGGAGAAGAGUCUAGCGCCGCUGUAGUACAAGAUGUCCUUUGCAACGACACCUCAGUCCUUGAGAUCACUGUCGAUCCAGAUGCUCCUCUCGUCUUCAGUCCCGAUAUCUGAUUCGCUUCCUCACCACCGUGCUUUGAUGAAAUAACCUUGAAGACAACCUAAUAAUUGUUUACAAAUAUAAGAGUUUUGAAAGCUAAGGGAAAGCUGAAGGGAAAUCAUUUUAUGUGAACCAAGAGGCAAAUUAGUAGGGAUGUGCCAACCGAAUCCGCGAAUCCACGAAUCCAAGGCAGGGAUUCGCCCAAAACGGCGAAUGAAAUCUUUCGAAUGCACCAACCACGUUUGUUUGUUUCUUUUUCAAAUUGGCGCCUCCGAAGUCCGCCGAAAGCCUCAUUGACCGACGGGUGUUUUCUGGUUGCUUUGUUUACACUGCUCUGGACUGAAAGAGUUCAGGCUGGAACUGUUACAUUACAAGUUUAAAAGUAACCUGGUUUUGCUUUUAAUUGUUUUUGUAGUUUUUAAUUAUGGAAAAUAUGGAAAUAUAUAUUUCUUGUA